AUGGCUUUGCGGCGCGCCAAUGCCAUGGACAUUGACCUCCCCAGUGAGGGUGAAUCUGUGGUUAGUCUACCCUCCCAAGACGACUCUGGGAGUGAUGCUGAAGUAGAAACGUCUUGGAUUUGCAGUUGCAAGACUGCGUGCGUCAAGCCCGGCAGUGAUUUGCUGAACUUUUGCAAAGUCACACGCGAAAGCUUGCAGAAGCUUGACCGGGAGCUGCACCGGAAAAGGGUUUGGCUCAUGUUGCGUGAGCUGCGUGUCUACAAGAAGGUGGAGCGCGGGUACCAGCUGAUGGACACACCUGUGUGCCGGAGGAUCUUUCAGAAGGCUUGCUGCGUGGGGCAUACCACAGUGAAGCAGUUCCUCAAAACUGUUCACCUUGAUGGUCCUCCGCCUGAUGCCAGGAAACGUGGGCUCCAUUGCCACGCCAACCUGACAAAGAUGACACCCGAGCAGCAAGAUGUCUCCAAGUUUUUCUACCACGCCUGGUCCAACUACGCCAUGCACAUCCCCACUGAGCUCGGAGCAGAUUCGGAGACUCCUCGUGCUGUGCAAAUUUGUGUUGAGGAAGAGCUGGAGGAUUGCGAGGAGGACAGUCAGAAGACUUUGCGCCUCGAUGAUGUGAAGGCAGAAGACCUUGGUCCAGAUUCCGCUUUGACAGUGGAUGGCAAGCGCUACUUGCCGCAUAUGUCUUGGCAGGAAUUCUAUGAGAUGUAUGCAAAUUGGAGUGAGAAGCCCUGCCAUCGCACCAGCUUCAAGCGCUACUAUGAUGAGUCUGAGUGGAAGACCAAGCUCAAGAUAGCUGAUUCCCAACACCAUGGGAAAUGCACGACAUGCGAGAAGUUGAAGAUGAUGAGAAGCAAGGCUGUCUGUGAGACCCAGGCAAAACAAAUCUCCGAGGCACACAGCCAGCAUGUUGCGAGUGUCAUGGACGAUCGACAAGCCGAUACCAUCGCAGAACAGAUGGGUUGGAACUCCACGGUCCCCGGCGCCAAGGGCUAUGUGUAUGAAAGGAGCCUGCUGAAUUGGACACAGGACGGAAUGGAUCAGGCGAAGUUCAAAGUUCCGAGGAACUUUGAAAUGGCCAAGACGCUGCAGGACAGCUGGCGACCUCAGAUAUCAUGCCAUGGCGUGACAGUCGAUGGCGUUGGCAAGUUCUUGUUUCUUGCAGAUAUGGAUGUUGGUAAGGGUGGAGAUGUUCAAACCACGGUCACGGCCAGAGCCUUGGAAGUUGUGAGUGAGCGCCUUCGUGAACGUGGAUUGUCGAUGCCGGCGCACUGGAGAUGCGUCAGUGACAACGCCAGCUCCGAAUCCAAGAACAACACCCUGGUCAAGUUCAUGGCAGUGCAAGUUGCUUUGGGGCAUGUCAACUCUGUGACCAUGGCUCAGGGCCGGGUUGGCCACACGCAUAACCGGCAAGAUGCUGCCUUUUCGCAGGUGGCUGUUUCCUUGAAUAGAGCCAAAGUCUUGGAGGAUCCUGAAUCCUUUCGGCACCAGAUUCUGCAGACCUUGCCUGGUUACCACGUUGAGCUCUUGCAUGGGGCAGAAAACUUUCGAGCGUGGCUGCAUCCUCUGGGUGCGAAAAUGAGUGGCCUCAAUCAAACCGCUGCAGCCACCAAGAACAACAUGGAAGCCAUUCAUUGCUGGAAGCUGGUUCGCCGAGACAUGUUGCCGAAGGAUUGGCAGGAACAAAUUGAAACGCCAGACUGGCUGAAGCAUUUGGAUCCGCAUGGCAGAGAUGUCAUUCUUCUUCCAAAGCUGUACAUGGCAAGCCGAUCCUUGGUGCCAUUCUCCAUCCGGCAAAGCCAAGAAUUUCUCAAGACCGCAGCGCUGAUGAAGGAAUGGGGCUACCAGUGUGCAUGUGAAUAUUUGCAGACCUUGGUCGAAAACAACAAGGCAAAGAAAUCUCUGUCAUGGAAGUGCCCGGACAUUCAGUUCGUGUUUGCAGGCAUGGAUACGGCUGCGAAGCCUGGGCCUGACGUUGAUUUGGAUGACCAACUGUCAUUUGCCUUUGUUUUCACACAGCCCUUGGGUCUGAAGGUAUUGAAAGAUGCUGGGCAGCUGCAGCCUCGUCGAAUCGAUGAAUCCUCUGCUGUCCAAGGAGCGCCGCAGGGCCAUGCUGUGUUGGAAAAAGGAGCUCCUCCAGGACAGCACGUUGCUGCCGCCCCAGCUGCGCCUGCAGCCGUGCCGGUUCAGCCCAAAGCAAAGGCAACAGCCAAGGCAUCGCCUAAAGGACGAGGGCGCGGCCGAGGUAUGCGGCGGCCUGCUGCUGCUUCGGAAGCUAUUGGAUCAGCUGGUCAACCUGAUGAGGCACAACCAUCUGCUGCAGUGCCUGGUGUCGUCGUUGGUGGCAAGCGCCGCCGGAUCUCUGUUCCUGAAGGUGUAGCGCUGGGAUGUGGAAAGUGUAAGCAGGACGCAUUUGGCUGUACCACCUGCCGUCCAAAGGCAGGCCUGGUCGAAACCAGCAAAGGCGUUUGGGUCAAGAAGGACUGA